AUGAAUCCCGUAAUUCGGAUAGGCGCCAUACUUUGGCUGGCCUGCGCCAUAAGCACAGCAGCCGAGACCAACGAGCAAAAUGCAACGACGACUAAGACCAUUCGCACCACGAUAUUACCAUCUCGGACUACAAGGACGGAGCUAAAGAUCUCCCGGAGCCUCAACCCUCAUGAUACACAGACCCUGAACGUACGAAGCAAGUCAGGUCAACUGACGCAACUCAUCGUCAAGAAGAAAGAUAAGUCCACCACGCACCAUGCUAGCAGCACCACCUUAGCCCCCACUACUGCCUCAGUUAGAACUACAGUGUCUGUUAACACUACGUUUGACGAUAUUAAAAACAAAACAGAGAGUAGAGACCAGAGAAAACUUAGUUUUAUGGACACAAUCAACAGCGAUUUGGCUGGUUAUGAUUACUACCUUAAUCGCAACAAAAACCCAGAAGAAAUAGGUGACAUUAAAGCUGAGUAUGGAAACUGGUCACCAGUAUCGGUGUAUCCUGAAUCACAUAUUCAAGAAGAUGGAGGGAAACCCGAGACUGACCCCGAAACUUCCAAUUACUAUCCCACGUACGACAAUGAGAAGAGAACAGAAAAUAAGAAAGUUUACAUCACUUCAGCUAGCUUUAUGGACUACAAUACUCCAAUUAAAAGUUAUAGAUUUGAUCCACAUAACCCAGUUAUAAAGAACGACAGGAAUCCUGUGUAUAUUGAAGUGGUUAGUACUAAAGUACAACCUGAAGGUGAAGCAAAAUCUUUCAAAGUUCCUGAUCCUGUUGUCAUUAGCUCUGAACCAAUGUACCUGAAGAAAGCCGUUGAAAAAUACAAUAACAAACGUGGAAGAUCCAUCCUGACCCUUGGUGAUGAUAGUAUUCCCGAAAUCCAAGGUGUAAGAGUACCCGAUGACGAAUCUGACAAAAAAACUUGGCGUAACGCUAGGGUUGUCAAUGGAGAACUUCUGCCUUAUCCCGAAGGAUAUACUCCGCCGAAAGCCAUACCAGAAGCAGAUGUGUACCCUGACAUAGCAGCUGUUGAUCCUGCUCAGAACUUUGGACCUUUUACUAAGGAAGACAACUUCGAACCUAAAGAUGGGCCAUUUACUAAAUUCGAUAACUUGAAAUUCGAAGUUAGUGACAGCAUGGGGCCAUAUUUGACGAGCGAUAAUCCAGCGUUCGCAUACAAACAGAAAAAAGACAAUCACUACAUGAAAUCCGGAUACGGUCCUUUCACUAAAGCUGAUAAUUCGAAAGUUGCGAACUCAAAACUCAUAGAGUACAUUAAACAAAUAAACGAGCAGGAAUCGAAGCGUGAUUACUUCAGCGGUCGCAGCUCAAGGUCACACAACGGCGAUAUGGAGUACGGAGAAAGCCAUAUUCAAAGGCGUAUGCUCCAAUAUCCUGGAGAAGUAAAUUUCCCCAACUCUGUAAUGUAUACUCCUAAGAAUGCUAAACCAGGUUUUGAUGAAAGUGUAAGGAACCCUGUACUUCAAUACGCUCAUCCUGAACUGGGUGUACAGCCUGCGAAGGCAACGCGUGACAAUGUCGACAACUACGAGAGAGAGCGCAAAGUGAAAUACUACACCAUGAACGUUCCAAAAAGUGCUCAUCCCUAUCCUAUGGAGCCGAUCAAUGGGUACGGUCAGCAACGCUCUCAGAACAACAUCAAUGCCAACAGAUAUUAUGAAGAUGAAUACAAUAAGUUCUCGUACUACGAACACAGUUAUAACCCGAACCAAACUCCAAGAUACCCUUACAGCUACGGCUAUAUUAAACGUACUCCUGAACCUUCAUUAUGGAAGCGAUUCACCGAUUCCAUGAAAGAUACAUUGAAUACUGCAAGUCAGACUGUCCAUCAAUUAGCUAAGCCCAUUAUAGACCCCAUUACCAAAGUCACACAACCCGUCUUCGAGCCUAUAGUCGAAGCCACUCACAAAAUCUCCAGUAAUCUUGGUCUAUACCCAACACAUGCAGUACAAAGCCAAAGGUAUGCUCAGGAUAAAAUUGGGGUAGCAGCCGCGGCAGCUUCGGGUGCACCGGCGAUGUUGCCAGCUCUCGGCUUGAUGGCCGGAGGAGCAGCUCUAGGCCUGGGAGCCGUCGCCGUGGGUAGGUUGUUAGACGUAAACCUAAUGCGCAGCAGCGGUCUCAGCGACGAGGAAGUGCAAGACGAACUGGAGAAGGAACAUAAAAGAGCAUUCGGAGCAUACGACAUCGACAGGCAAAUCCUAAGCCAGCAAAAGAUCUACGAUGACAACUACAAGAUGCCAAGUGAAAAUGUGUAUGUAGUAAUGUCUCCAGAUGGAAGCGAGGGUGCUCGAGCCAAGAGAGAUGUGCUGAGCUUCUUUAACGAGCCGACUUAUGAGGGACAAAUCCUUAUGAGAGUGAAAAGGAGACGAGUGAGGUCUUUGAAUGACAACGCUCCUGAUGAUCUGCAGCGGUUGGACGGCGGCUCCGGGCCAUCGUCGCUGACGUCAGCGGCCAUGAACCUAGUGAAACAGACGGACUGGAGGGACUCGCAGUGUGCUAAGUUCACGUUCUGUAAAGUGUUAACGUCGCAGCCCGACGACUCCAUGUUUGGGAUGGAGAAGAAGAUGGAGUCUCUAUUAAGAAUGAUCGCUCCAGGCACCGACGCGAGUGCAUCAUCAGUGGCCCACCAGCUCGGCGACGUGAUGGCGGCCAGCAGGGACCACGACUGCAGCCGAUUCCACUGCGACAGGCACUGACCAAUACUGGUGAUGGGACUUAGAGUAUGGGAUGACUUUGCAAGUGAAGCCAUAUUGAAUUAUAAACCUUGCAAAACAAGGUUUAAUUUUGAUUAAUGUUAUGUCAUCAGAGGUCACUAGUAAAAAUAGUACUAAUUAGUUAUUAUACUAAUAUACAAGAAUUUUAGUCUCUGAAAUGCUUUAAAAGGAUUGUUUAAAGGAAAAGGCGUAUUUAAGGAAAAAUCCUUAAGUAUAAAUUCUUGGCCUCAUUUUUUCUGUAACACUAACAUGCGUACUUGUGAAGGCUUGAGUAACAUUUGCAAAGUCAUACAUCGAACUCAUCCAACUAAAAUAAGUCACUUAAUAACAAGGCGUAUAUAAUUUCGCCUACAAGGAAAAGGGACUGUAAAAAGACUACAAUAGGAUUGAUUUUAGGAAACUGACGUAUGACCGCACACUUAUCUAUAAUUCCUUCAAAAAUUCUCAAUUAUCUUGCAAAUAUGCAAUUAUGACUUAAAAUAUUGAAGAAAUUAUAAAUAUUCCUUUUAUAUUUCCUUAAUAUUUUAUCCUCAAACUGCAGUUAUUAUUUAAAAGAAAAUAUUUAUAUAACUAUCAAACACCGCUUGUAUUAACAAUACAGAAGAUAGAUAUGAUUUUACGAGGUGCGGUCAAAAAUAAUGUGAAUAACUAAUACAUCCUUACAAUAAAUUAUGUCUCUAAAAGAAAGUGUCUAGUAACACUGAAAUAACAAGCGACGAA